AUGGCCAACGCCCUCAGGCGUCUCGCGACCGCGUCGUCGCGAGUCGCGCUCUCGCGCGUCGCCGCGGGCGCACCACGCGCGUUCGUCUCCGACGCCAGCGCGACCGCGACGCCGUGCUGGAGCUGCGACGCGCGAACGACGGCGUUGAAUGAUGACGCGUCGGCAAACUUUUUCUGCGACGCGUGCGGGGCGAUUCAACCGCCCGUCGCCGCGGAUUACUUCGCGCUGCUCGGAGUGGAACCAAAGUACGCGCUCGAGUCGGCGGCGCUCGAGGACGCGAUGAAGCGUCGACAGAAACUGUUGCAUCCGGAUAAGUUUAGCACGAAGAGCGAACGCGAGCGAAGGUACAGCGCGGAUCAAGCGUCGGCGGUGAACGAGGCGUACGGCACGCUGAGGGAUCCGCUGCGAAGGGCGAAGUAUAUUUUGGAGGCGCGCGGUUGGGGGGUGACGGAGCGCGACGGGAGAGACGCGCCCGUGGAUCCGGGGCUGUUGAUGGAAGUCAUGGAGGCUCGCGAGGCGAUCGAUGAGGCGAAUGGGGACGCGGAGAAGCUGCGAGAGCUGUUGAGGGAGCACAGCGCGCGAGUGACUGCGUGUGAGGAGGAGACUCGCGCGGCGCUGGACGCGACGCCGAUGGUUGGGGAGUCGGCAAAGGAAGCCGUCGUACGCUUGACGUACUUCGUUCGCAUCGUAGAAGAAAUAAAGGCGCUGCUUUGA